CCAAGACGCAUGAUUGUUUUUGCAAGAAAAAACGAAAUUAGCUCGAUUAACUUAGACAUUAGAGUUGCUUUUGAAGUCUUUGUCUCAAGAUUGAUUACCAGUGCUAUAGUAAAAAGGUUGAUAAUGUCAGAAAUUGUUGACGAAUCGAGUAAUGUAGAGUCUGUUGAUCCCGAACGUGUGAGCAUAAUUCGGACAGUACCAGAUGUAGAAGCAGAAUCUGCCAGUACUACAGAAAACGAUUUUACACAAUCGCAAGAAAGAUCCAGUACAACUGAAAUUGACUGUGCAUGUGGCACCAGUGGAGUGUCUUUUAAUAGUGGUGUUUAUUGUUGAACAAAGUGAUCAAAAUGCUGUUGGAGGACCUCCAAACAGUUCAGAAAGUCUGUCCUUGAAUGACUAUAAGGCGGCUACUAUAAAACUUUUAGAUGAAGUGACAGCAGAUAUUACUACAAUUCCUGAGACAAGUUUGUCAGUAGAAGCUGAAUCAGUGUCUACAAAUGGAACAAACAUAGAUCUGUCUAAAUCUGAUUCUGUUGAUAUUGUUACAAUAAACUCAGAAACAAGUUCAGAUAAUUCAAGAUCAUCUGCCAAAGAUGAUGUUGAAAUUGCAGUUGAUCUCACAAAUGAAACAGAUAGCGAUGCUGGUGGUAUACUUAAAGAAGCUCCAAAAGUGAUCUCAGAAGAAGAAUCUGUAAGUGUAGAACCUGAUGCCAAGCGACUGAAGUUGGAAACUGAAUCCAUUGCAGUUGAUCUCACAGAAGAUUCUAACACCUCUGCAGACGUUGUUAUUGUUGUUCCAGAGACAGAUGAAUGCACAACUGCAGCAAACACAGAAAUGGGUGUUUUUCAAAGGCAAUCAGUUUUUGAGUUCAAAGGUCCUCCUAGACAGCUAACCGGAGCUUGGGAAAGUUUCAAAGACCCAGAUAACAAAAACUAUCUCAGAGGUUGUAAAUGGGCACCAGAUGGUUCAUGCAUUCUCACAAACAGUAAUGACAACAAACUGAAAGUCUUCAAUCUGCCAGAUGAAUUGUACUAUGACGGGGGAGAAAACAAAAUAAUGGCAGAAAUGACACCAGUUUUAAGUAUGAAGGAAGCCGAUACUGUGUAUGAUUUUUGCUGGUACCCACUGAUGUCAUCAUCACAGCCAGAGACAGCAUGUCUUGCCGUAACCAGUAAAGAUACACCUAUCCAUUUGUUUGAUGCCUUUACUGGAGAACUAAGAUGUAGCUACAGAGCCUACAAUCACGUGGAUGAAGUAGUUGCUGCGCACUGUGUGAAGUUCAGUCCUGACGGCAACAAGCUUUACUGUGGAUUCAACAAAAUGAUUCGAGUAUUUGAUGUGACCAGACCUGGUAGAGAUUUUGAAAGUAGACCUACUUUUGCGAAAGAGGGACAGAGAGGUAUUAUAUCCUGUAUAGACAGCAGUCCGACAGAGGAUGGUCUUUAUGCUGCAGGGUCGUAUUCUAGAAGCGUUGCCUUAUACAAUGAGCCAGCAGGAUCAAUGGUGUGUAUGUUUGAAGGCCAGCAUGGUGGCGUAACGCAGGUCAAGUUCUCACCAGAUGGUACUAAACUCUACAGUGGUGGCAGAAAGGACAAUGAGAUUCUAUGUUGGGACAUGAGAAAUCCAGGACAAAUUUUGUUCUCUCUUCUUCGAACUGUCAUCACCAAUCAAAGGAUUUACUUUGACAUCACCAGUGAUAGUAAAUAUUUAGUAUCGGGAUCUCAUGAUGGGACAGUUCUGGUCUGGGAUACAAGCAUUGCUCCUGUGCAGCUCAAUAUACACUCUGACCCCAUCAUUCAACCUGCAGUGGCUUUUGAGGGGCACAGUGACACAGUUAAUGGAAUCAGCUUACAUCCAAUGUUGCCAGUGAUAGCAACAGCCUCUGGACAGAGACAUUUCCGCUCGUUCAACAAUGAAGAUGAUGUGAUUGAGAUUGAUGAAACAAAGCCUGUUAAAAUCGAUAACAGUCUCCGGCUUUGGUGGACCUGAGAUUAUAUUUGAGCCGCACCAUGAGAAAACCGACAUAGUGGCUUUGCGACCAGCAUGGAUCCAGACCGGCCUGCGCAUCUGCACAGUCUGGCCAGGAUCCAUGUUGUUCACUAAUGGUUUCUCUAAUUGAAAUAGGCUUUGAAAGCAAACGGCAUGGAUCCUGACCAGACUGCGCAGAUGCGCAGGUUGGUCUGGAUCCAUGCUGGUCGCAAAGCCACUUUGUUGGUUUUCCCAUGGCGCAGCUCAUAUUUAACUCCUGUUAUUUACUCCAAACAACGAUUUACUGUUGCUGUUUUUGUUUUGCUUGUUUUCAUUUUGCUUGUUUCUGAAGGGGAUAAAGAGCUAAGUUGAUUAUUAUUUUGUUUGGAAACUUUUGUUUUUCUUUACUUUUGCCAUAGGCAAAAAACUUUUAAUAGUGAAUCAUCAUGUUAUUUCACAGGGAGAUAAAUAAGUGUUUUAUUAACUAAAACAGCUGACCGAUUUUAGAUUUUAAUUGCUGUACUGUUCAAAAUAUUUCUUAUACAUUUCAAAACACUCAAACUUAUGUCUACCUGGUUACUUAAAUCCAGAGAGUGUUAAAUUUUCCAUCAGAAAGUCAAAAGUUCAAAUCCAAGUCUGCUCCAAAUGCAGGAGGUAGCAGGUUCGCUCUCUGGCCACCUCGUAUCAAAGGCCUGAAAAGUGGUGCUAGUACCUUCUUUGCUUUGUGCUCAGCAUUAAGGAUUAGUCAGCCCGGUGCCUUAUUUUUAUUUAUGUUAAUUUGUUAAAUGUUUCAUGCGAGAGUUUUCUAGCCUCACCAAAAUAUCUGUUUUUACAGUAUAGCAUAUAACUUUGUUCACUUCUUAUAAAUAAUCUAUGUGUUUGUCAUUUCUUACAUUUAUUGUCUUUUUCAUGACAUUUAUCAUGAAAAUUUUAGACAUUUCCUAUUCAUAAACAUUCUUUUACAGUUAAACUUCUCAUAUGAAAUAAAAAACAUCAUUUUUGUUAAUAGUUACUCUCAAAUUGUUCUUGGAGAGGCACCUGGAGACUCCUACAAUUAAAGCUUUGAAAUUUGCCAUUAGACAUAAAUCAUUUUGUUGUGACCCAAUACCCAAAAAAAGAGCAUUACAUAUUUGCAAGUCAGUAACUUUCAGAUGUUGAUUACUGUGAAACCAUUCAAUUUCUUGGGCUCUAAAGUUUUGUGGUUUUAGCAAACGUGAUUAUUUUGUGGAGAUAAGAAUUUGCUGAUUUCAAUUUCCAAAGAUCAAAUGCUUAGAGAAAAUAUUUGUGUAUAUGGAUAUUUUUUUCAUGGAUUAACCCAGCCAAAAAGUCCACAACAAUUAGUGCCACACUAAUAUUAACCUUUAGCUUGCUGGCGGCAAUUGAUUUUGCCUUUGCGACCAGUGCAGACCAAGAUCAGCCUGCACAUCUGUGCAAUCUGAUCAUGGUCUGCACUGUUCGCUAUUCAGUCAGAAAAUUUUCAGUGAACACCCCUUCGAAUAAUAAAUGGUAUUGCCCAAAUUGAAUGAUGGACCAGUCUAUUUUAGAAAUUUAGCAGGGUAAGGGUUAAUGAUUCAGCAGUAUUUUUACUUCCAAUCUGCAUGGCAGACUUAAGGAAAUGUUUGUAUUGUCGUUUGUCAGUGCUUAUAAUGUAUGUAAUACUUAUUGUGCAUUUGCCAGUGAUGUGUUCAGACUUUUUAGGAAAUAGAUGUCUGACUGUUGUUUGAAUUACUGUCCAAGUGGCAGGAUAUAUUUGUCAAUCAUGGAAUUAUGAAUCUGUUUACUAUAAUAGGGUUAUUAUAACAGUAGCUUGAUCUGGGAUGCAGUAUUCGGCUCGAGUGGAUUUUGCCAGAUCGGAUCUCACGAGGCGCGCAAGCGCCGAGUGUGAUCCGACCUGGCAAAAUCCACGAGAGCCGAAUACAGAGUCCCAGAUCUAGCUACUGUUAUAAUGACCCUUUUAUUAUAUACCUUCACUAUUUUGAUUCUUGUUUUGUUCUUGAACGAAAUCGUCAAAGUUAAUCGAUAUUAAAUGGAACUUACUGAAGUUUUUAUGUGUGCUAUUUAUAGAAAUGUGUCGGGUCAUGCAUAUUAAUGAAAAUAGUCCGGCAGCAUACAAUACGGAAGGUACAAUACGGAAUUUAAAAGGUACAAUACGGAAUUUUUGUCUGUCUGUUCAUAUUUAAUUGUGAAAUACAAGCUGAUUUUUUACAGAAUUUAUAUAGGUAUAUAAUAAAAUUUAUUAUACCGUAUAAGUAGACAUAUUUGUGGGUCAAAAAGUUUGCCAAUUGCCCAUUCCAAACAUUUUGCUACGGAAAUAUUUGUGAAUCGCUGAAAACUGCCAAAUUUGUUUUACUUUACUUUACUACAAAUACGUGUAUUGGUGAAUGUGAAAUUAUUUUGGCUGAUAUUUUUGUGGAUUUCUUGAAUUCCUGAAAUUCGCAAACCUUUCCACAUUAUGAACAUUUCCACUUAUGAGUAAGCUUGUUUCAUGAAUGUUUGUUGUUAAAGAAAAUCAUUCGAGGACCAAGUUUAAAUUUGCUUUAAAACAGUUUUCAUCACAUUCCAGUGUCAUUUUUUUUCUGUAAAUGUGUAUUAUAGGCCAUUUUCCAUAUUGAAUGUUAUAUUGCUAUGAAGAUAUACAGUCAGCUGUAAUUGUAAAGGGCAUAGGACUAUAGAUUAGACAAGGGUUUUCUUUUUAAAAUGGAUUAGGUCAGUGACCUUGAUCAUUGAUAUAUACAGGUGGUGUCCAUGGUUAUUUUACUAUUAAAAGCAUGAUAGAGAGAAGGCAGUUUCAUACUUGUAUGUGUACAUGUAGGUUUUCAUUUUUUAGCUCAACUUUUCUAAGAAAAAGUAGAGCUGUUGCACUCACCGUAGGUGUGACUGUUUGUUAAAGUUUUUGAUGAAUUCAAAUAUCUCUGUUACUAUCAAAGCUUUUGAAUUGAAACUUAAAAUGGUUACUUACUAUCAAGGUCUACACCAGGAGAAAUAAUCCUCACAACUCUGAUUUGAAUAUUGACAGAAUUAUGCCCCUUUUUAACUUAGAAUUUCUUGGUUAAAAAUUUAUAAAGUUUUUAUUGGCAAAGCUUUAAUUCAGAGUCAAGCACUGAGAAAAGUUGAGUGUGCCGUCUUACAGACAGCUCUUGUUUAUUUGAACAAGCUAUAGUGAGGUUACCAAAUUCAGAGCAUUGCAAUGCAAUAGUGUAUAUUUUUGUUGCUUUUUAUUGCUAAGUGUGAAAGUGAUGUCAUAAAUAUAUUAUGUAAAUGUAAAGAUUGACAAUUUGGCUAUAUUCACAUGAAUAAGGUUUGUAAAUAGUGGGUGGAAGAAUUUGAAAUUGUUUCAAAUACAUGUUCUGUAAAAGCACAUAUUUUUGCUGGGUCAAAAUUUUGCGAAUUUGAAAUUUUGAGUAUGUUUGUGAGAUUUAAUGUUCACGAAAUUGUAUAAAUGGUAUCCUACUUGAAUUUGAAUUAUACUAUUGGUGAAUAUUUAUGUGAGGAUUAAUUUUCGCAAGAUGUAGGACCUCAAGAAUAUAGCGAAAAUUAAACCAACACUAAAAUUUCUGCGUUUACAAUACAAAAAUGUGUAAUGUAACGUUUUGCAUGUAUGCAGAAUACUUUUAUUUUCUGGUAUGGGAAUUUGUUGUAUUUUACCAGUUUUUGGAGGAAUACAAGUCUUGAUCUGAAACUUUACAGCACUUUUCCAGAUCAUAAAAAAGAGAUUUUUUUUUUAUAUCAGGAAAUUAUUGCUAAAAGAAGGCUUUGAAAGUAAGUAAUUGACAUAUUAUAUGUUAUGGAAACACAUGAGAAUUAAAUUAAGUUGUUUUUCAUAUCUUUUCCAUUCAAAAUUGAAAGGGGUUUGUAACAUGGUACUAUAGGUAAACUGCCUUAAUUAUAAAGCUUUAUAUUUAGUGAUCAUUAAUUAUGUCUCCCCCAGGAGACAUAUUGUUUUUGCCCUGUCCGUCCUUCCGUCCGUCCGUCCGUACGUCACACUUCAUUUCCGAGCAAUAACUGGAGAACCAUUUGACCUAGAACCUUCAAACUUCAUAGGGUUGUAGGGCUGCUGGAGUAGACGACCCCUAUUGUUUUUGGGGUCACUCCAUCAAAGGUCAAGGUCACAGGGGCCUGAACAUUGAAAACCAUUUCCAAUCAAUAACUAGAGAACCACUUGACCCAGAAUGUUGAAACUUCAUAGGAUGAUUGAUCAUGAAGAGUAGAUGAGCCCUAUUGAUUUUGGGGUCACUCUGUCAAAGGUCAAGGUCACAGGGGCCUGAACAUUGAAAACCAUUUCCGAUCAAUAACUAGAGAACCACUUGACCCAGAAUGUUGAAACUUCAUAGGAUGAUUGGUCAUGAAGAGUAGAUGACCCCUAUUGAUUUUGGGGUCACUCCGUCAAAGGUCAAGGUCACAGGGGCCUGAACAUUGAAAACCAUUUCCAAUCAAUAACUAGAGAACCACCUGACCCAAAAUGUUGUAACUUGAUAGGAUGAUUGUUCAUAAAGAGAAGACGACCCCUAUUGUUUUUGGGGUCACUCUGUGAAAGGUCAAGGUCACAGGGGCCUGAACAUUGAAAACCAUUUCUGAUCAAUAACUAGAGAACCACUUGACCCAGAAUGUUGAAACUUCAUAGGAUGAUUGUACAUGCAAAGUAGAUGACCCCUAUCCAUUUUGGGGUCACUCCAUUAAAGGUCAAGGUCACGGAGGCCUGAACAUUGAAAACCAUUUCCGGUCAGUAACUUGAGAACCACUUGACCCAGAAUGUUGAAACUUAAUAGGAUGAUUGGUCAUAAAGAGUAGAUGACCCCUAACGAUUUUGGGGUCACUCUGUGAAAGGUCAAGGUCACAGGGGCCUGAACAUUGAAAACCAUUUCCGGUCAGUAACUUGAGAACCACUUGACCCAGAAUGAUGAAACUUCGUAGGAUGAUUGGUCAUGCAGAGUAAAUGACCCUUAUUGUUUUUGGGGUCACUCCGUUAAAGGUCAAGGUCACAGGGGCCUGAACAUUGAUAACCAGUUCCGAUCAAUAACUUGAGAACCACUUGACCCAGAAUGUUGAAACUUCAUAGGAUGAUUGAACAUGCAGAGUAGAUGACCCCUAUAGAUUUUGGGGUCAGUCUAAUAAAGGUCAAGGUCACAGUGGCCUGUUCAUGUUAAAUCAUUUUUUUGGAAAUAACUUGAGAACCACUUGACCUACAAUGUUGAAACUUCAUAGGAUGAUUGGACAUGCAGAGUAGAUGACCCCUAUUAAUUUUGAGGUCACUUGAACAAAGGUCAAGGUCACAGGAGCCUGAACAGUGACUUGAGAACCACUAGGCCACUAGUGUUGAAAUUUAGCGGGAUGACUGGACAUGCCAAGUAGAUGAUCCCUAUUGCAGCCAACCAUCAGUGUCUCUUUGACUUUCGCUCCUGACCCCUAUUGACUUCGUGCCUAUAGGACUUUGCAUUGGGGGAGACAUGCGCUUUUUUACAAAAGCAUUUUCUAGUUAUGUAUUCCUUUUUGGUGUAAUGGUUAAGAACACAGGAAAGUUUUUAUUGCAACAGCACCCUGAGUUCCAUUGCCGACUCUGGCAUGAUCUUUCUUCAUUUCACAUUUUUUAAGAUAGUUUAGAAACAAAAGCUCAUGUUUUAAUGUGCAUGAUAUGACAAAACUUCAGUUUUAAAGCAAGAUCAUUUUAGCCAAGUUUGGAGUCCAGUCUUUUAAGAUGAAAUAGUUCUUUUAAGGUCCAUUUAGUGACGGAAACUGUUUUUUCAUGUUGGUUUCUUUUUAUAUUAAAUGUUGACAUAAAAAUGUAAAAGUUAGGAAUACCGACAUUUAAAUUUUCAGAAUUUAUUAACUGGUCAAUUUUGAUGUGUUUUUUUUUUUUCAUUGUAGAUUUUAGCCAUUUAAUUUUUCAGAAUUUGGUUUGAAAGUUUAGUGUCAUUUGAUAUUUGAUUCUUAUCAAACGUUAAAGAUAUUUAAGUGUGCAUAAAAGCAAUAGUUUCAUUACAAAAUUUGGAAGUUGUCAUGGUGAACUAUUAUAAAUAAAUACCAUACAUACAUUUUAUAUGAGAGUUCUUUCUGAACAUACAAAACUUUAAAACUCUGACAAUCCAUCAUCUGAUAUCAGUGCAAUAAUUGUGCCCUUAUACUAAUUUUCUCAGUAUAAUUGUAUAUAUCAUAAUUAUGUAGAUAAUGUUUAUUUUAUGUAAAAAAAACAACCAAAAAACAAGUAGAGAUAUAGAUUCUAUAUCAUUGAAACAGGAAAAAAAAUUUUUCUCAGAUUUCUCAACGUAGAUUCAGGCUAAUCAAGCGUGCUUCAUGUCACUAUCAGGCUUUUAAGGUAGUGGACCUGCUAUGAUAUUUGGCAAUUUCUAUGUAAUUAAGGUUCUCCUCAAGUUUUUCUGCACUCUUCGGACGUACAAGCCCAAGGCUUCACAUAACAGCUAGAAAAUGCUGAAAUCGCAUAUGGAGAACAUGUAACUGAAUAUGGAAGUUGUCUAGUGCCACUGCAGAUCCCUUGCUUGGUUCUACAUAUUAACCUUUACCCUGCUAAAUUUUAAAAAUGGGCUGGUCCAUCAUUCAAUUUGGGCAAUACCAUUUAAUAUUUGAAGGGGUGUUCACUGGAAAUUUAUUGUCUGAAUAGUGAACAGUGCAGAUCAUGAUCAGCCUACAGGAAAGUGCAGGCUGAUCUUGGUCUGCACUGGUCGCAAAGGUGGAAUCACUUGCUGCCAGCUGGCUAAAGGUUAACACAUGCCUGUCAUCAUGUACUGUAUAAAAUUCUCUUGGGUUUCACUAUGUUGUUAACAUUUUGACUUUGUGCAGCAGUUUUGCAUUUAUUGUUAGACUGUGAUACUCACAAAUCAUGAAAUAAAGUAUAUAUUUUUUUCUUGUUUAUUC